AUGAGUGCUCAGACUACUGGACAAAAACUUGUCACACAAGUGACAAACAAUCUAGUUAAAAAAAAUCAAAAUGUACUUGGUUGUGCGCCUGGACGAUGGAUGAUCAUAUUCAUUGAUGAUCUUAACAUUCCACAAGUUGAUUCAUUCGAUGAUCAACCAACAUUAGAAGCAUUACGAUAUAUUUUACAAACAGCAUAUGAUGGAAAGAAAAAUCAAAUUCGUCCACUAUCAGAUAUUACGUUUUUGGCCGCUUGUGAUUCUCCAACAUCAGGCAGAUCUAUACCAUCUAAACGAUUAUUGCAAUCAUUUUCAAUAUUUGCUUUACCCGAUCCGGCCGCAAAACAACUAUUUCAUAUCUAUACUGUACGCCUUGGUCGAUUUUUUACUAAUAAAGAUUUUUCUGUUGAUGUUAAAUCUUCAUUGUACAUAUUGGUAUCAUGCUGUCUCGUAAUAUAUUAUCGUGUUUGUAACAAUAUAUUACCAACACCAUCGAAAGUUCAUUAUAUAUUUAAUUUACGUGAUUUAGCUAAAUUAGCACAGGGUCUCAUGCAAGCAUCACCAUCACAUAUAACAACACAAGAUAGAUUGGCCCUAUUAUUUGGACAUGAAUGUUUACGUGUAUUUUGUGAUCGUCUUGUAACCAAUAAUGAUAUUGAAUUAUUUUAUAAACAUUUAUCUCUAACAGUUUCUCAAUAUUUCAAAAUAACAUUUGAUACGACUUCAUGGAAUGAACAUCCAUUAUUAUUUUGUAAUUUUUUAAAAACUGAUGAAAAAUUAUAUCAACAACUGAAUGAUUGGAAACAAUGUUGCCCAUUACUGUUAGAUUAUCAAUUGAGAUGUAAUCUAAGUGGACAAUCAUCGUUGAAAAUGGUCUUUUUCAAAGAAGCUGUCGAGCAUGUUCUAAGGAUAUGUCGUGUUUUGCAACAACCUGGUGGUCACGUGUUACUAAUAGGAUUAGAUGGUACUGGAAGACGUACAUGUCUAGAACUUGCAUCAUUCAUAUCGGGUCACAUGAUCUAUAUGCUUAGUUUAAAACGUGGCUAUGGUGAUGAAGAAUUUCGAGAUGAUUUAAAAAACGAUACUUUUAUCGAAGAUAUUGAAAGUAUUUUAAAUUCUGGUACAGUUGUUGAUUUAUUCGAAACAGAUGAAUUUGAAUCAAUGGUAAUGGAAUUAAAGAAUGAUGCAUAUGCUCAAGAUAAUCAAAAUCAAUUGACCGACUUCUUUUAUGAUCGUAUACGUACAAAUCUUCAUGUUAUUUUAUCAUUCAGUCCUGCUGGUUCAACAUUUCGUGAAUAUUGUCGAUUACAUCCGGCUUUACUCAAUUGUACAACAAUCGAUUGGUUCAAAGAUUGGACCGAACUUUCUAUGCUGCAAGUUGCCGAUGUAUUUCUUGAAAAUGCUGAUUUGAGUAUUCUCGAUGUUGAUGCAAAUGAAGAUCUUCGAAAUCGUUUAGCUCAAUGUUGUGUUCAAAUUCAUCAGAAUGUUACAAAUUUGGCAAAACAUUUUUAUGAAUCUUAUAAACGACAUUAUUAUUUAACACCCUCAUCUUAUAUGGAUCUAAUGAAAACAUAUGUUGACAUGAUGCAAAAGACAAAAGCAGAAUUUUUGAGCAAUUAUAAUCGUCUUUCAACUGGACUUUCAAAAUUAUCUGAAGCAAAUGAUAGUGUUGGUAUUAUGCGUGAAGAACUGUUAUUAUUGAGUCCACAAAUAGAUGCAAAAGAGAAGGAAAUUGAAUUACUUUUAAUACAACUACAAAAAGAUCAAAUUGCAGUACUCGAAGUGAAAGAAAUUGUCGAAAAUGAAGAAGAAAAAGUUCGAAAAGAUACACAAAUGGUUGAAAAAUAUGCUGAACAAGCUGAACAUGAUUUAGAAAAUGUUAUACCAAUAUUACAAGAUGCUAUGGCUGAUGUAUCAUUACUAGAAAAAGCAGAUGUGGCCGAAGUGAGAGUAUAUCAGAGUCCACCAUAUCAAGUGAUGAUGGUGAUGUGUGCUGUAUGUGUAUUAUUAGAAGCAAAAGCGGAUUGGGCAUCUGCCAGACAAGUUCUAGGCGAUCCUGGAUUUAUUCAUAAAAUGACAAAUUUAGAUAUUAAUAAUAUUAGCGACAAAACUUAUAGAAAAUUGUUACAAUAUUCAAAAAAUCCACAAUUUACUCCAGAAAUAAUUGGUAAAGUGUCAUCGGCAUGUAAAUCAUUUUGUAAAUGGGUAUUGGCUAUUCAACGUUAUUAUGAAGUAUAUCGUACCGUUAAACCAAAAGAAGAAAAAGUAAGAACAGCAAAUGAAGCUCUCGAUGUGAUGAGAAAAAGUUUGGCAAGAAAGCAAGAAAUGUUAAAAUUAGUUCGCGAUCAUUUAAAUGAACUUGAAAUGAAAUAUCAAAAUAGUGUCGAUGAAAAACGAGCAUUAUAUGAACGACGAGAAUUAAUGAAUGAAAGAGUGGCACGUGCUGCUGAAUUAACCAAUGUAUUGGCUGUUGAAAAGGUUCGUUGGCAAGAACAACUGACACAAUUACAUCAUAGAAUUAAAUCAUUGAUUGGAAAUGCUCUUCUUUCGGCCUCGGCCAUCAAUUAUUUUGGUCCAUUUAAUUCUGAAUAUCGUUUAAAAUUAAUGACUGAAUUUCAAUCAAUUUUAACAAAAUACAAUGUACAAUAUUCAAUGAAGUUUAAUAUUAUUGAAUUUUUAACAACUAAAUCUGAAAUUAGAAAUUGGAUAAGUGAAAAUUUGCCAGACGACGAAUGUUCAAUUGAAAAUGCCACAUUAGUUAAACAUUCUACAAAAUGGACACUAUUAAUUGAUCCACAACGUCAAGCAAUAAGAUGGAUUCGUACAAAAGAAGCCCCAUUUAAAGUACGAGUCAUAUUGGCUGAUGAUCCGAAUCUUCUUCGUACAUGUGAACAAUGUAUUAGAUUAGGAGUUCCUCUUAUUAUUGAUCAAAUUGGUGAAACAAUUGAACCAUCAUUAUUACCACUAUUAAAUAAAGAUAUAGUUUCACGUUCGGGUGGUGUACCAUCUAUUCGUUUAAAUGAUGUUGAAAUUGAAUAUAAUCCAAAUUUUCGAGUCUAUUUUAUAACACAAUUAAGCAAUCCUCAUUAUUUACCAGAUAUUUGUAUUCGAGCAACAUUAGUUAAUUUUACCAUAACACAUAGUGGUUUAGAACAUCAAUUAUUGAGUUUAGUUGUUUUAAAUGAAGAACCAGAAUUAGAACGAGAACGUAAAUUAUUAUUAGAAUCUAUGGCACAAGAUUUGAAUACAUUACGUAAAUACGAAGAUUUAACAUUAGAAUUAUUAACAACAUCUGAACAACAUUUACUUGAUCGUAAUGAUUUAAUAGAGACAUUAAAAAAAUCAAAAUUAAUGAGUGAAGAAGUUAAUUCAAGAAUAAAUGAAAAUGAAAAUAAUGAAAGAAAUAUAAAUAUUGCUCGUGAAUAUUAUAUGAUGAUUGCUGUUCGUGGAGCAUUACUUUAUUUUCUAAUUGAAAAUUUAUCUAAUUUAAAUAUAAUGUAUCAAUUUUCAUUAACAUGGUUUCAACGAACAUUUCAUUCAUGUAUUAUUGAUCAUGAUCCAACAAAACGAGUGAGUUUAACAAAUAUAACUGACUUUGAUUUAAUGCAACACUUGAAAACACGUCGAAGUGGAUCCAUUGGUCUCGUGUCAUCGUUAACAUCGCCUAGACACAGUAUAAGUGAAAAUAUUGGAGUUUCAAGACAAUCAACAAAUAUAGAUGAUUUACCAAUGAAUAAUGUACGUACACGACGUAAUACAAAGCCUUUCGUCUCAUCUAUAAGUCCUCAUCAACGUACAUUACAAUUACAAAAUAUAGUUGAUAAAUUAACUUAUUCCGUUUAUAAACUUGUUUCAUGGAGUUUAUUUGCUGAACAUCAAUUAUUAUUUUCAUUUUUAUUAACAACAACUAUUGCACGUGAAUUAAAAACUAAAAAUUCAUCAACAAUAGCAGAAACAUCUGAAACAUCAGAAACAAUAACAGUAGUUAAAGAUUUUGAUAAUGAAAAACGAAUGAUUCAUAAAAAUGAAUGGACAUGUUUUAUGGGACCAUUAGUGGCAAAUAUGUCACUUGCAAAAUUAAACAUAGUUGCCGAAAAAUUACCAAAUAUUUACAAUUUAUGUGAAAUAUUAUUGAAAGAACAAUUUAUGGAAGAACAAAAUCCUUAUACAUAUUUAAUUCAAAAACGAGAUAGUGAAGUUGUAAACGACAAUAGUCCAUAUUAUCACUUAACAAAUUUUCAAUGUUUAUUACUUGUUAAACUUCUUCGUCCCGAUUUAUUAUUACCAUCUAUUUCCCAAUAUGUUAGUAUGCAAUUAGGAUCAAAAUUUCUUUCAUCAAAUUUUGCUAAAAUCGAAGAUGUUUAUGCUCAUUCAACGCCACAAGCACCUAUUAUUUUACUUUUAUCUUCCGGUACUGAUCCGACAAAUUUAUUGAUACGAUUUGCAAAAGAAACACGUGGAAGUGCAUCUCAUUUGGAUGUUGUAUCACUGGGACAAGGACAAGGUCCCAAAGCAGAAGAACUAUUAUCAAAAGCUCUAGCUUUGAAAGGAAGAUGGAUAUUUAUACAGAAUUGUCAUCUCGGUGGUUCAUUUAUGCCACGUUUAAAAGCAUUAGUAAACAAUUUUAACAAACCCGGUUUAGAACUUGAUAGUCAGUUUCGACUCUUUUUAUCAUCGAAACCAGAUCCCAAUUUUCCCCUUGAAGUAUUACAACUUGGUUUAAAAAUGACAAUUGAAUGGCCUAGAGGAUUGAAAAGUAGCUUACUUCAAACAUUUGGUGCUAGUGGUAUUGUUAACGAAAAAUUAUAUGAAGAUAAUAGUUUAGUUAUUCACGAACGAAAAAAAUUUGGACCAUUAGGUUGGAAUUUGAGUUAUGAAUUUAAUAAUUCUGAUUUGGAGGUGGCUGUAUUAGAACUGGAAAAUCUUGUUCGAUAUUCAAAAAAUGUAAUACCAUUCAAUGUUUUUUGUUAUCUAGCUGGUAGUGUAAUCUAUGGUGGGAGAGUCACUGAUGAAUUUGAUAGACGAAGGUUAUUAACAAUUAUCGAAAAAUUUUAUUCAGAAGAUACGUUAAAAGAAAAUUACACAUAUUCAGAUAAUGCUAUGUACAAAGCGCCAAGUUUAAAUUUAAAUUUUACCGAUUUAUUAUCCUAUAUCAAAUCUCUACCAGAUUAUGAUGAUCCAGCAGUGUUUCAAAUGAAUCCUAACACAAAUCGAGCUUUAAUGAUCGUUGAAGCUACGAAAGUUGUUGAUAUGCUAGCAACAAUCGAACCACAAUAUAGAAUGAUCUCAUUCGGUUCAUAUUCAGAUGCUGAUACAGCUUGUAAAACAAUAAUAAAAGAUUUGAUCGGAAAAUUGCCAAAUGAAGUUCGAAUAGGUUCUGGUGGAAGACAUUUGUCAUUAACACAAGCAUUGAAAAAAACGGAAGAAAAAUUAAAUACAAGAUAUCAUGAAUAUUCAGUGUUUUUUGGCUUAUUUAAACAAGAACUACACUCGUACAAUGAUCUGUUACAAUUAAUUCAUAAUACCUGUCAAGAUUUAGAUCGUGCAUUGAAUGGAGAAAUAGUCGUUAAUGAAACAUUAGAAAAUAUACAAAAAAUGUUAGUUAUGCAUAAAGUACCAUUAGCAUGGCAGAGAAAAUCUUAUCCAUCAACAAAAGCAUUACCAGGAUGGAUCAAUGAUCUUUUAGAACGUUUAAAUUUUUUUACAUCUUGGUCACAAAAAAUAAUUGCAUAUGCUGAAGAUCAAGUUACUUCAUCAUUACCACAAUCAUUCUGGAUUGGUGCUUUUUACUAUCCAAAAGGAUUGUUCUCCGCUAUAUUACAAAGUUCGGCAAGAUCCAUGUCAUUAUCGAUUGAUCAAUUGAAAUAUAGUUACGAAGUACUAGAUAAUCUCAAUGAUGACUCGACUAUUUCACAAUCCUUGAAUAUAGCUGAUGGUAUUGUUGUUGAUGGUAUUUAUCUCGACGGUGCACAAUGGGAUACAAAUACUCAUCAGAUUAUUGAUUGCACCGAUCAAACACGUAUUCAUCGACUACCACCAUUAUUGUGUAAACUAAUUUCGAAAAGUAAUGAUUUUACAGCUACAGAACAAUUAUCUACAAUGUAUGAGUGUCCUAUUUAUCGGACAUUGUUAAGAGCUGUAAGUGCCAAUGAGGCAGCAAAACAUUUAGUUCAUACAAUAACAAUACCAUGUUCAGAAAAUGAAUCAUUUUGGAUUACACGAUCCAUCGCUGCAACAAUUGAAAUAGAUGAAUAA